AUGACCUCACCCUGGAAGAAACAGCCCGAGGAUGUGGUAGACAGUGUCCUCAAACGUGCAGAGUUGAGCAAGAUUGCUCGACACCUGCAAAAUCGUCUCGCCCUCGCCCAGUUCAAGACCAAGCAUGGCUGGGAGGACCUCACCCUCGACACCAUCGAGCCCAAGUUCGAGGAGGAGAUGCGUCGCAAGCGCGCCCUCGAGAUCAGCGACGUCCACUCGGACUCGUCGUCGAGCGCAUCCGACCUGCCCUACCCGUCCGGGCGCAACACCCUGAUGAGCUCCCCCUUAAAGGCACCCUUCUUCUCCGACGCCGUCGGCUCCAGCAACGGCAGCUCAGGCCACCGCAAACGCACAUAUCUUGGUGACCUAGACAAUGCGGCCGCCUCGAGUCCCAGCAAGCGUUUCCGAGUCUCGCCCACGGCACGCAAGUCGACGUCGUCUGCUGCCGCCGCCGCCGCCGCCGCCGCCGCCGGCGGUGCAAGCUUUGGCGGAAGCCAUCUGGGAGGACAUGCGCCCUGGAAGGACACGCAUCAGCUCACCCAGUCUUCGCCCAUAAAGCCUCGUCGCCAGCAGCACUUCACCACUUCCAACGGACCCGAUGUCUCCUUCUUUCAGACCAACCUCAACCUAGCCGUCCCCUCGGACGAUGACGACGAUCUGCUCCCCGCACACUCAUUCGACAUUCGCUCCUCGCCGCCGCGCACACCGCCCAUGCGUACGACCGGCCGUCGAUCCAGGGACGCCACGGCUAACUCCAGGACGGCACCCUCCGGAGCUGGUGGUGGAGGUAAGCCCGAAGAGGGUGCGGAUCUCCUCAUCUACCUGGCCAACUCGCCCUCUCCGGCCGUCAAGAAUGGCGGUCGCCGCACAGCCAUGGAACCGCCAUCGACCCCACCCCAAAAGACAAAGAACCUCGACCUCCCCUCAUCCAUGAUGAUGACGCCCGGGGGAGGCAACCUGUUCCCCAACACGCCUGGCCAGACGUUUGACUUUGCCGACUAUGUCAAUAUCACGCCUAGUCCGGCGCAGAAGCCGUGGAAGACGCCCGUACCCCUGUCUGCGGCGCGGACACCGCUCAGCGCAGCCAGGCGACGUCUCACGUUUGACGAGCCGCUUUCUUGA